AUGUCUCAAAGCGCAAGCUUUUCGUCUGACCAUAUCCCGGACAUUUCGGAUUUUUACCCUGAAAAAUGGACCAUCAAGUUCGUGAACGAGGGGGCCGCGAACCUGGUCUUUGAAGUGAGAUUACCACCAAGUCCACCAAGCACGACAGGAAGCCACGCGAACAGGCACAGCGAUAUCUUCCAGGGACACCUCCUGCGCGUCCCAAAAGCUGGCGCCAAGACAUUUCCGUACCCAGAGUUACUGCAGUAUUGGGAUUCAACCAUCACGCCCCUAUUCCCACCCGAAAAUCUGGUCCAACAUCAACUGGUCAAACUGGGCCAAAGCCCAUCCAAAGUAAUCACUAUUCUUGAUGAGCUUCUUGCCAAAGCGGAAUCCGGUCGCCGCAAGGACUUCCGUGGCACCCGAGUACUCCCGGAUGCCCAGUACGGCAUGCUGAUAGAGGAUAUGCGUUCUCAAAACCCAAGUGAUUAUUUUGUCGAGUUCAAACCAAAGUGGCUUUCGCCUUCACCAUCGCAGCGCACACGCUGCCGCAACUGUGCCCGGGAAGCCUACCGUGAUCACCUUGAUCCCUCCCACCACAAGGCUCACCGCCUGGGCAUCCUCUGUCCCCUGGACUUCAUCGCCUGUCAGAGUAACCGGGGGAGUUUGGAAAACGUCUUGAAGCACAUCGUCCCUGCGUCAGCCUCGCCGUCUCAUCGCAAUCACCUCGCCGACUGGUUGAGGACCAAUAGUCUCCUGCCACUCCUGCAGCAAGCCCAGGCGAAACAUGAUCCGAGCCAGGGUGUUAACCUGGAGCUGGCAAUGACGCUCCGGGACUGCAGCUUGUUUCUCAGGAUAUCCACCCCCCAAGAUGGAACAGGGCAACCGACGAGGAUAGAAGCCAAACUAGCCGACCUCGACAAAAAGAACGCCGCCAAGAAGAAGAAGCACUGGGAAGAGCUCGAGCGGGAUCUUGUGGAAGGCGGGUUCUACGAGGGAAAGGAGCAGCCAAGGGAGGAGACGGACUGUUUACUUGAGCGCGCAGCUAAUUGA